AUGUCAACGAUCAAAUCUGUGGCAAUCAUCGGCGCCGGUGCUUCAGGUGCCGCUGCGGCCGCUGCAUUUGCCUCGGAAGAGUACUUUGAGAAGAUCCGCGUGUUCGAGCGAAGGGAGAGUGCUGGCGGCACAUGGAUCUACGAUUCCGACCCCAGCCCAUUGAUCAAGCCCCAACCGGGGAAAUUGCCAACUGAAAUCGAUCCACCAUUAACUAUCCCGAAAAACUUGCCGGCUACUUUAGAGCCUUCGCCGCAGGAGCGGUACCAUAAAACGCCAAUAUAUGACGAACUUACAUCCAACGUACCUGCGAUAGCAAUGUCUCUCUCUGACAUCCCGUUUCCAUAUGGACCAUUUGUGCCGCACAAUGUGCCAAAACAGUAUAUUGAGAAUUACUUCUCCGCAUUUAAAGCGGAUCAAUUCCUGGUGCUCAAUACGACUGUGGAGGACGUAUCUCGGGCACCGACUGGCGAUGACCGGUGGAAUUUGACCUUACGGCAAUAUGACCCGGUAGAGCAUGUUGAUCGCUGGUGGAAAGAAGAAUUCGACGUCGUGAUCUUUGCGAAUGGCCACUAUAGUGUACCUUUUGUUCCAGCCGUAAAAGGACUUGAGGCAUUCAUAGAAAAGUUCCCGGCCCGAGUGAUACACUCAAAAUCAUAUCGUACUCCGCAUCAGUUUGCAAACAAAAAACUCCUUAUUAUUGGGAACUCGGCAUCCGGCCAUGAUGUAACAGCCGGUGUCGUCAAAAGUGCCCAGUUACCUGUAUAUCAGUCCCGACGCUCACCUUCGCGCUGGGAUGGAGACAAACCGGAUGCUGGGGUUGAGUGGAAGCCAAUAGUGAAAGAAUAUUUGCAGACAGGGGAGAUUUUAUUUGACGAUGGUACUAUUCUGGACGAUAUUGAUGUCGUCAUAUAUUGCACGGGAUACAAAGUAUCGUUUCCUUUCUGGAACUCCAAAGCAAACGGGCGACCAAUAUUCAACUACAAAGAGAACCGGCUCAUAGGAAACUAUUUGCAUACUUUUUUGACGGACUUUCCUACUCUUGGGGUUAUCGGUAUUCCAAGGACGCUGACGUUCCGAAGUUUCAAUUACCAGGCCAUAGCUCUCGCUCGGAUCUUUUCCGGACGCAACGCACGCCCGUUACCGGCGAAAGACGAGCAGCGACAAUGGGAAGAGCAACGGUGGCAAUCUGUUAGUAGUCAGCAUCGAAGGUUUCACGAUAUAGCCUGGGACAGUGGAGAGACCAUGGGCUACUUGAGAGAACUGUACGAAAUCGCAGGGUUGCCGCGUAUCGAAGGACAGGGACAGACCCCGCCUAUUCUCGAUGCUGAGACGAGGUGGGCAAUCAAGCACGUUAGAAAGUAUCCAGUUCCUGGAGAUGAAGAUGAAGAUGGUCAAACUGAUGAUACGGACGCGGGGUGGUCAAUUGUCGAGAGAGGGCAUUGCAAGGACAGUCUUCAUUUCUUAUAG